CAACAUCUAAACUUCAAACCGAGAAGAGCUCGUCGUUGAUAAGAUCAAUGGCGACUUGCUCAAUGUGUAAACAAACAACAGGGUGCUUCGACUUAGACGGAUUUUGGUAAGACAGUGGUUGUUUUCGAUGCAAGUUUGGAGACUGAUCAGGAUCAUGUCUCCACCUCCCCCUGAAGAUCACAACGUGAUCAAAUCUGUCCACCAUGAUUGGCCCGCAUAUGUCACCUUUAUCAACAGGACUUCUGAUCCUGUGGACAUCAUCUGGCGAGACUACCGGGGGGGAUGUGUCCGCUACAAGCAGCGUCUAGAGGCGGGCAAACAUCACUACCAGAACACGUUUGUCACUCACCCGUGGCAGGCCUGGUACUCGGACACCUUUGAGAAAGUCACCAUCGGGGGAAAGUUCAUCUUCAUGCCACACCCCUGGAGAGGGGAGCAGACGAGAACUGUGGUUUAUAUUGAUAGGCCAGUUCAUACCUUGCUGAAACUGUGCCUGAACAAAGUACGAUCGUUGGUGCACAGAGAAGACAUUGAGGCUUUGGAAAUCCCUAAAGAUUUGUUUGACCGACUGAAAAGGAGAAAGACGAUGCCUGUGCGAGAUGCGGGGAAUCACAACCACCAGAGGUCUUAGGAUUUCCAGUUUUGUUGAUCACAAGAUUUUCUGUUUUAAUAAAAUAAUAAAGUUUUCUGAUGUUUUGAUGACUUGAGGAAGGGUAUACUUGGUACUGGUGUAGGUUUUUAUUAGAUCACUCCAUCUUCACCUUACCCUGACUUAUCUUGCCACCUCCUGAUUAUUUGUUGAUGUUUGUUUGAGUCCCUUGUCUGGUCAAAAAAAACUUCCCAUCAUUAUAGAAAUUUGGUUGUAUUUGUAAAAAUUAUGUUUCUCUUCUAAAAUAGUUCAAUGUUUUGAAAAAUACAUAUGCUGUUCGAUUUUAUUGUUUUAUGGUUCAAAGUCAUCACUGUUUCAUAAUUUAAUGAAUAACGAUGUGAAUUGUGUUUGAUAUCUGAUCUCGUUAUUGUCACCACUAUUCAAAAUUACUUUCUCUGAGUUCACUGGGAUUCUUUUUAAUAACAUACUAUGAAUGUGAUAUGAGAUGCUGAUUCUGUUGAGAUUAGUGACCAUUCACCUGGUCAUACUGUGGAGAGCAAUGGGUUUAGAGGGAGAAGAUUCUCCUUUUUUGUCUUGAGAUUAUUUUUGUUAUGUCUUACUGGUAAAAACAUUUGAAGUCUACGUUGAAAAAAAUAAUCAAAGUCACAUUUUCAUGUAUGUGGAAA